AUGCCCCCUGGACAUCUCAAUGACUGUGGUUCAGCACCUUUAUGGGCCGAAGGUAUACCAUACAGCCCAUACUAUUCUGACGAUCAGUUAGGCUCAAAUUCAGUUUCCCCUCUUGGAAUGGCUGCUGUUUACCCUCCGCUACGUUUUCGGUGGCACUUGAACCCACCUGAACCUAGUUCCGUAGCACGUUUAGAAUAUUGGCUUGAUCGACUUGGCGUUGAUGUAGAUGAGAAUCAUUCAGCAUCUGGAAUGGUUCUUGUUGGUCUUAAGCCUGGUAGUGUAACUAUUCACUUGACAGUUGAGUCUGUAGAACCCAACGCAAAGCAGAUAGUUGCAGUAUCUACUGAUGGAGUAUUAACUGAUCGUCUUCAUGCUCAGCUAACAGUUGUUGUUUUAUCACGACUUGGAUUGAGUUCACCAUCUCGAGAACCUCAACAGAUCAUUUUAUCGCCUAAUUCACAAUUGAACUUGAUUCCAUGGACUGAUUUACGUUCCGACAGCAUUUUACGCUACAAAGUUUCAACCUUUUCUCAUAACGGGAAUGUAUCAUUGGAUCAUACUAAUCAGAUAGUAACUAUCACUUCAGAUGGUAUUUUACGUGUGAAUGAUAAAUGUGCGGAUAUAGGCUCACUUUGUAGAAUUACACUUCAAAUUGAAUCAGUGCCAAAUGGAAAUUUAUUGAGUACAAAAUACACUCAUGACUUUAAUAGUCCACUUACGCAAACAUUGAUCUUGAAUAUAUUGGUUAAAGUACCACGUUUUAUUAUGCUUUCUGCACCACAUAUUGUUAUUCCCCGAAAUGAUGAAUCGUCGAAGAUACUUGGUCUUCCAGUUGGUGGUCCAUAUAAAAUAGAAAUUUCAUAUCAUGAUGAAUUAGGACGUGUAUUCGAUGCCGUUUCAAAUGACUUCUACCAAUUAAAAGCUUCACUUCACCGAUCAGAUUUAUUUUCCGCUCAUUUCAUAAGAGAUUUUGUGACUGAAGAACAUUUCCCUACUACUGAUGACUUCAAGUUAUACAAUUCAGCUCGUUAUGCUGCAUUUGGCAUUGGUAUUCAUGCCUUACCACUGGCUCAAAAUGAUGAUGGCACUGGUCUAAUUCAAAGUAUUAGGAAGACUCAACUCGACAAGGAUCAGCAUUGGACCGUCAUGCAUAUCGCACUGUCCAAUAAAAUUGUUGGUUUAUUACCCAGUUACUUAAGCCUACCAUACACUAACUCACUUAAUCUUCUCGGUUUAACGUCUUUGGUAGAAGGUCAAUGGAUGUGUUUGCCGAAGUUAUCUAUAUCAUUAAGUCUAGACGAAACCUGGUCUUCACUUGAUCCAUCUAUAAUAUGGAUUGAUCCUUCGCAACGGUUACUAUUAGCCCGUCGUUCUGGACAGGGAGUUUUAUCUUAUUCACUUACACCGUCAAUAAAAAACAAUCAACAACACGAGACAUUAAAAAAUUCCACCUAUCCAAAUAUUAAAUUUGAUCCACUUACCUAUUUGAUCAAAUUGCCUGUUGUACCACUUGAAUUGUAUUCAUUUGGUAUGCCGUCUUCAAGUUUGAUACUUGUUGAUACUGGGAAUAGUGUGCCUCAAAGUGAACCCAUCACAUUUCCUAUUGGAAUUGAUCGUCGGUCACGUGGUGAAUCACUUCUACCUUUGUUACGCUUUCUUGUUCAACUCCCAAUCAAAGAAAGUACCAAUAUUCCAUGCACUCAAAAACCGGGUUCAGUAUUUCUUCCCCUUACUCCAUUCAAGUGUUCAAUUCGAUUGGAGUUAAAUGGUGAAUUUCAAAUGGAUUCUAACUAUCGGCCAACUUUAAUACCGAGUUGGCUUUCACAUUUAGUGCUUUGGGAACAUAAUGAGACAAUCGAAUCUAUCUUGGAGUCAGAAUCUGCUAAAUUCAUCUUAGAAAGAUCCUUGUCAACACAACUAGAACCAUUAUCACAAUCAUCGCCUUUUUACACUACAUCUACCCAAUGGCAAUGUGUUGUGCGAACUCCUACAGCCUGGUCGUUUAGUGUUGAUACCAUUGCUCUUACACUCUUACCUAAAACAAGAAUGAUUCUACAAUUAAUCAAAAGUCAUGUAACUGGUAAUGUUGAACAGGAAGAGAAUUCAUCAGUCAUCGCUCAGACAUCAUUGCUUCCUUUGCCAGGUAUCAAAGUACUAAUUCCCCCUGCGUUGAGACUUCCUGAAGACAGUCAUGUAUCUACUUCCAAGGACUCAUAUCAAUUUUGGAUAACUCAUACUGAUCGCUUUACUCAAAGUCUGUUGAUUUUCAUUCCACCGGCUACUUCAUACGCAUUGAGUAUGAAAGAAUUGGGAUAUGAUAAAUUGUUGGUUCGAUCACAUUCUCCAGAUAUUUUACAAAUUGUUGAACCAGCACGAUCUGUUCAAAGUUUGGCUGAAGUUGUGGAUAUUUUGAAAGAUUAUAGUCAAAGUUUAUCUUCAUCUUUAGCUUCUGUUACAUUAGCAUCAUAUCCUAGCAGUGUUACAACUGAACUAUCUCGUUGGCUUUAUGUAGUUCAUGAACAAAUUGAAAAGAUUGAAGAUGAUGCCAUCUCUGAUUUGAAUCCAUCUGUAUUGAAACACAAAGUUUUAUGGACAGUACAAAUGAGAUGUGUACCUGGGGAUUCUCCUAUUGACACAGUGGUGAAUGUUGUACUCAGUCUCCGUUCAACUGGACAACAUAUUGAAAUCCCUGUACGAAUAAGUAUACCAUCAAUUAGUCAAUUGGAUGGUCAAGAAAUAAUAAAGCCCACUUCAUCACUUUACUUUUUCAAUUUCUCUUGGAUCCAUCUAUUUGCUGUUAUUCUCAUUACACUAUUCAUUGCAAUUAUAAUACAUAUUAUAUUACGCAGUGAGACGUUAAUAAGUUCUUCGAGUGGUUCAAAUACUGGGAAAUAUUCUCCUAGUCCUCUUCCUCCAAUAAACAAGGAAUUUGGUCGAUCUUCUGUUGGACGUCAAUUGUGGAGUCAAAGCUUUGUUCCUGGUGGAGGUCCUAACACAUUUCGCCAAGCUUCUAUGACAUUUGGAGGUCUACGCUCUCCUAGUGGUUCACCUCCUUUCCGUUCAGAAACUUUUUCCCCUAACAUUUCAGCUACUAAUAUUCAACGAUGUUCGCCUAGAUUUGGUGUCGAUGGAAGUGGUGAUCUUGUAAAUGAUGAAAGACGAUGGCGACAAGCGCUUAGUAGUGGAACGAAUCGUUUAAGAGAUAGCUUUGAUAAUAUGUGA